CUAUACCGACUACCGAGUCAAACUAUACCGUUGCCAAGCUUAAACCGCUCUUCUACAAGAGGGGCCCAUGGCUUGCCAUCCCAAGGCGGCAACAGUCACACACGAGCUCCGAGAACACCCAGUCCCAGACUCCAACAGAGCAGAGGAGCCAUGGCAGCAUCCAUGGUCGCCCCGACGCUCUGGGCUCUCCCCUUCCUCCUCCUCUGCGCCGCCUUCUCUUCACGCGUGGCGCACGGGGUGAGCGGCCACGGCAUCGGCGUCAACUACGGCAGGGUGGCCGACGACAUCCCGCCGCCGCGGCGCUCGGUUGAGCUGCUCCGCGCGGCGGGGGCCGGGUCGGUCAAGAUCUACGACGCCAACCCGGCCGUGCUCCGCACGCUGGCGGGCACGCGCAUGCGGGUCUCUAUCAUGGUGCCCAACGAGAUCAUCCCGGACCUCGCCGCCUCCGCGGCCGCCGCGGACCGGUGGGUGGCGGAGAACCUGGUCCCCUACCUCCCGGAGACGCGGGUCAAGUUCCUCCUGGUGGGAAACGAGGUGCUCUCCGACCAGUCCAUCGCCGGCUCCACCUGGCCGCGCCUGGUCCCGGCGAUGGAGAACCUCCACCGGAGCCUCCGCGCGCGGGGCAUCAGCAGCGUCAAGAUCGGCACCACGCUCGCCAUGGACACGCUCGCCGACGGCGCCUUCCCGCGCCCGCCGUCGGCCGCCGCGUUCCGCCCCGACAUCGCCGACGCCGUCGUGCGCCCGCUGCUCCACUUCUUGAACGGGACCAACUCCUACUACUUCGUCGACACGUACCCCUACUUCGUCUGGUCGGAAAACAACCUCACCGUCCCGCUCGACUACGCGCUCUUCCAGGGCGGCGCACGCUACGUCGACCCGGGUACCGGUCUGACAUACACCAACCUGCUCGACGAAAUGCUCGACGCAGUUGUCGUCGCGAUGGCGAAGCUCGGGUACGGGCACGUCAAGCUGGCCAUCGCGGAGACCGGGUGGCCCAACGGCUGCGACUACGACCAGAUUGGCGGCAACGUCCACAACGCAGCCAUCUACAACAGGAACCUCGCGAUACGGAUGGCCAAGAACCCCGGCACGCCGGCACGGCCGGGCGCCAAGAUGCCGGUGUUCGUGUUCUCGCUCUACAACGAGAACCUCAAGGGGGGCCCGGGCACCGAGCGGCAUUGGGGGCUGUACUAUGCCAACGGCACGGCAGUCUACCAGAUCGACCUCACCGGACGGCGGCCGCUGUGGUCCUACCUGCCGCUGCCGACGCCGGAGAACAACACGCCGUACAAGAGCCCAAUAUGGUGCGUGCUGUCGGCCGCCGCCAGCAAGAAGCUGAACGAGACGGCGGUGGGGAGCGCGCUGUCGUACGCGUGCGGGCAGGGGAACGGGACGUGCGACGCCAUCCAGCCCGGCGGGAAGUGCUUCCUGCCGAACACGACGGCGGCGCACGCCAGCUACGCGUUUAACUCGUACUGGCAGCAGCUGAGGAAGACCGGAGCUACAUGCUACUUCAAUAACCUCGCAGAGCAGACCGUUAAAGACCCAAGCCAUGGAUCCUGCAAGCUCCGCAGCUCAUUGGGCUAAUAACUGAUUGCAUGUGAUUGUCCAUUUCGUCGAGCCUGAUUAGACAAGGGAGCUAGGAACGUGCUUGUCACGGUGGGUGUUGUCAAACUUUCGCUGUAACAAAGAAAAACUUGCUCACAUCAGAAACAAAAAUGAGAGGGGAAAGAUUGCUUGCCAUGCAUGAGCAUAUUGAUCCCGUUACGGUCCGAAACAUGUAUGUGAAGAGACGAAAAAAAAUUAAAAUUAGGCAACAUAUAUGAGCGUAUUUCUUGAA